ACAACUUACAUUGGAAAGGUGCAAUCGGGACCUGGCGACUGACUUGGGUGGAUCUGAGUGGAUGUAUUUAUUCGUCAUCAUUCAAGAGUUGAAAUGAUAAAGGCUAUGAGAAUUUUUUUCAUCCGAUGGAUAUUUGUCGGUAUUUGUGUUUUUGCUGUUAGCUUGGUAUUCCUUGGACUACAUACUACGUCACUACAGGCCACCGUAGAACACAAAACAAACGUAAACACAGAUUAUAAUAUUUUUGACAGCCAAUAUACCCCUGUGAAGUUGAAGUUACGUCAAUACAAACAGUUACCAACAGAUACAGGAAUUUCCAACAUAAAAGAAGUAAAAGAAGACCUUAUAAAGCUGGCAAAAGAAAUACAGAAAGCUAAAAUCCAUAUUAGAGGAACAAAGGCUAGAGAAUCCUUAACGAAUGCCAUUGCUGUUGUUAAAGAUUUAUUUAGACUGACCAAUACAAGUAUUGAUACUUUAAAUCGGAAUAAAAAAUCGUCGAAGCAUAUUUGCGAGGAAAUUUAUAAAGGGACAACAUACGGGUAUCCAUUCUUUUACAAGGGAUUUGAAAUAAAAAACUGUUCAUAUGCAAUUUCUAUAGACAAGCUAGUAACUGUUGUAUUUAUUCAUAAACAAGAAAAAUUCUGCAAGUUAGAACAAAUUUUGAAAAGCAUGUUGAAUUACAAUCCUCGUUUAAAAGUUGUAGUUGGAAAAGAAAAGAAUUCAAGAAUAUCUCUUUCAAAAAUGUUGGGUGAUGUAACUAUCAUAGAUUAUUCUAAGGCGGAUUCAGAUGGUAAAAUUUGGAAUUUAUUGAUAAAACAAGUAAAAACCGAAUAUACUCUUAUUGCUAGAAACAUUUCCACAUUCAACAUUGAUGUACGUCUUGAACGACUUGUUCGAGAAAUAGAAGCCUUAGACGUAGUCACAGCUGGUGGGGCAUUUCGUGACCAAGAUGGCCUCUGGAAACUUGGAUGUUAUCAGACGGCUUAUAAAAACUUCUCUUUGAUCUAUGACGAAGGCUAUGACGAAUCUCUUCAUGAAUGUAUUUUUUGUGAUUACGUAAGUGGUUCAUUUCUUUCGAGAAUAAAAACUUUUCAAAGCUUUCCUUUUGACACGAAUUUGAAUGGGAUGUCGGUCUUUCAGGAUUUCUUCUUACGUCUUUCGCAGAGUAAACUCGAGUCUGUUAUUUGCCCUGAUUCAAUGUUUUAUAUGCGAAAACAAAAGCAGUCUGAAAAUUCUAAUGACUGGGCACAGCUUGGCAAAAAAUGGAAAUUAUAUCGAAUGAAAAUUUCUGACGAAGUUGAUAUACAGUUUCCAUGCAAAAAGGAAAGCUACAAAUGUUUUAAUGGUCUAGGAUAUAUUUUAUCGCCAUGUUGUCUCCAAGAAUUGACUGACAUGAUCAAUUUCAUAAUGAAAACUUGUGAGGAAUCUAACAUUGUAUGCGAACUCCAAGAAGGAACAUUGUUAGGUGCUGUCAAAUUCCACAAAGUUUUGCCUUGGGAAAGAGACGCAGAUUUAACGUUUCUUACGGCAAAUUUUACGGCGUUAACAAAACUUAAAUCUUAUAUUAUGAAAAAAUAUUCUUUUACAUAUGAUGCAGGAAGUUUGUGGUGUUGUGCUGACAACAGGACAGCCGGAGGAAAAAUAAAAGUUCACAGCAAAAACUGGCACAUCGAAAUGUAUGGACAGCAUAUAAUGGAUUCAGAAAUGUUACUAACGGAUGGUUUAAAACCAACCAAAAUUUUAUUAAAUGGCCAAUGGGUAGGAGUCCCUAGAAACCCUGGUUGGCACGCUAGAAAUAGAUAUGGACAUGAAAUUUAUGCACAUGCUCAACACUGGAUGGCUUUGGGACACGGUACUGGUUGGAUUAAUUACAAAACAAACCAAUUUACUCCUUGUCGGACACCAGGGAGACAUGACUGCUUAGAUAGUUUUAACGGGGAUGGUAAUCUUCCAUUUUCGCUUCCAAUUCCAUAAAAUCAUAUUGUAUAUUAAUUUUUUAAGCAUUGUAUUUACCAGGUUUCCGAUUACUUACCAUCAUCAUUUAAAUAUAAAUCUAAAACAGAGAGAACAAAACAUAUGAAUUUUAAAGUACUCGUUGGAAAUUUGGAUCACAACUCACUCAAACUAACUUGAGAAGCGUCUAUAACAGUACUGAAACGUCAUCAUUAAGGAGAAAAGCGGAAGAUACCUAAGGGAUAUUCAAUCUCAUAAGUCGAUGACAAACUGACAUUGACCUAGCAACAAAAAAACGACCAAACGACAAGGAGAGAAAUUUAGUAACAGGGUUUGUGGAGCACUUGGAUGACCCAGCAAUAUAACGUUGUUUGUAUAUGGACACUUGUGUAAUUUAGGUAUCCAAUAAAGUAAAGGAAGACCUAUGAUCAUUUAGGAUUUCUUCUUUGGUAAAUGUCGUCGUGGUAAUUUUUGUGUUUCCAAGUGAAUUGUCAAUACCUUAUUCCUUUACCGUGUAGUUAAUGUAAUGUGAUUCACACGCUUAAGCGAUUUUUUUUGGGGCUAUUUCUGCGGGGACAACAACAUGAUAGGCAUGUAAGUAGGACAUUUGGGUCUUUAAAAAUCGAUGUAGUAUGUGUAUUCAUAGAGUCAGACCCAUUCAGUUUUUUAAAUUCCUAUUUGUAUCAACGACCUUGCUGCCUUAACUCAUUUGGAAAGAGUGUCUACGUUUUUUUUUUGCGUCUAUCCCGUUGCCUUGCAUAAUUCUCGACUGAAUCCAUCAUUACCGGUAUUUUCAAGAUGUAUUUCCAAUGGAUCUAUUUAGGUUCACGAUAUUUGGGACCUUUGGAUAACACAUUUCGCAGAGCAGUGGUAUUGACAAUGUUCAGAUAACAAGUAAUGCCGUUACCAACUGAUUAUAUGCCUAAACAUGUAUGCAUAACUAUCCGGUCAUUUCAAAGGAGACUAAAUCUGUUUUACAAAUUGUUCUAUUUUAAAUUAAUCAACUAGAAUGUAACCAGCGCAAGCGCGGGAAUAAUUGUUGACCACUUUUAAUAGAUAUUUAUGAAUUCAAACGAGACAUCAUUUAUCAUUUCCUAAUUUUAUAUAAAUGAAUUUACCAGUGUAUAAAAUAUUCUAAUGAUA